ACAUCGCCAUGCAGUGCAAGGUGUGCGACGAGGAGUUCGACCGGGAGGUGCGCGCCCCCAAGAUAGUGCCCUGCGGCCACACCGUGUGUCUGCGGUGCCUGCAGGGGGGCAGCGAGACCAAGUGCCCCACUUGCAACAAGGUGUUCGACGCCGCCCCCGCGUCGCUCCUCAGCAAUCUGACUCUGCUGGAGAACCUGGAGCAGCAAGGUGAAGCCAGGUAAGGCCCGUCGUGACGUGUGUGAAAACCCUGCAAAAAAUAUCCUCGUAAAUUUACAAUUUGUUUUGUAAUUUACUUUUUUUACAAAAUAUGA